AGAAACAUUUACCGCAGAGUAUUACUUAUACGAAAAAUAUUUUAUAGAAAAAUGGCUAAUAAGAUUGAAACUACAUUUAAAGUGAAUCCUGAAAAAGUUCCUCUUGAAACUGAUCAAGGUAUAUUAGAAAGUGAAGAACGAAAAUGGGGGUUGCCGUUAAAAGAAGUUUACAAACAUGGACUCUCAUUCUAUAAAGACAAGGAGGGUAAAGCCAUGCACUUGAGUUACGAAGACAAGUUAAAACUAGUUGCGUACACACAGCAAACUGCUCACGGCCCAUUGAAUGCUAACUCGGCUCCACCUCUCGGAGUUCUAGAUGUGAUUGGACGAGAUCGCCGUGCUGCAUGGCAAGCACUUGGACAAAUGUCACAGUUUCAAGCCAUGGCGGGAUUUGUACAUACCUUAGACAGGUUGUGUCCUUUAUUCAAGCCAUAUUUAGAGGCAAUACAAAAAGACAUGGAGGACAAAAAACAACAACUCCUGAAGAAGCAAGAAGAAGAGAGGGCUCAUAUAGAACUACAGAAUAGAAUAGAACUUGAAAAACAAAAACAACAAAGCACAAAGCUGACAGAGGAACAGCAAGUGCAAAGAAUAAAAGAUGCAUUGAAUGCACAGACUUACGAUCAGUUCCUAGAGUAUGCACAACAACAGUUCCCAGGAAAUUUUGACCAACAAGCGGUCCUCAUACGGCAAUUACAAGACCAACAUUAUCAACAAUAUAUACAACAGCUGGCUGUCGAUAAGCGAUUAGCUAAUUCUAAUAUCAAGAGUAAAGAAGAUAGUGAUAAAGAAAAUGAUAAUUCUUUAGUAGAAAUUGAUGAUAAUCUGAAUUGUGAUGAUGCGGGUGAUGAUGUUGAUAAUAAAUCAAUGCAAACUUUAGAGAAAACGCAGAUUUCAGAUUACAAUGAAGAAUCAAAGGGUGAAGAAGAAUCCGAUGAUGAUGGUUUCCCCGCAGUGGAGGAGGCUCGUAUGUGGACUCGUGGUGAGAUCUCAUCGUUCAAGGAGUCAGCUCGUGCUGGCGGCGGCCGGCUGACAGUGGGACAGGGAGAGACGGUCACCAUCCGCGUACCAACACAUCGCCGUGCGCGCUGCAUCUGCUGGGAGUUCGCCACAGAUAACUACGAUAUAGGUUUCGGUCUGUACUUUGAAUGGAGCAAGUCUCCAACUAACGAAGUGACGGUUCACGUAUCUGAGAGUGAUGAUGAGGAAGUCGAUGAUGAUGGAUACGGUGAUGAAGAGUUCACAAUACAAGAGAACUCAACAGACCCAGAGAUAGGUGGUGAGCGUCGUGCGGCGAGUCACAAUCGUCCACCUGUCAGUCUCGUCGUCCCUUUAUACCGUCGUGAUUGUCACACAGAGGUGUAUGCUGGAUCACACACUUACCCCGGUGAAGGCGUUUAUUUACUAAAAUUUGAUAAUACAUACAGCCUCUGGCGAUCAAAAACUUUGUACUAUAAAGUUUAUUAUACCCAAUGAAUGUAUCGAAUAUAGUUCUUUGUAGA